AGGGAGUGCAGGUGGACCUUCCUCGGGGGACGGGAAACAAGCACGCCUACCAAGGAGGACUAAGUGGAGGAGGGAGGCAGUGUGGUACGGGGAAGAGGCAAGAUACCAUUUUGUGCAUUCAUGCAAAAGGGUCAUUGGAUGAAUGGCACUGGAAUGAAGUGAUCCUGGGGAUUUGAUGCCCAGCACGGUUCAUGUCCGAUCCAAACCGAUUUAAAACCAGCUGCCUGUUGUGGCCAAGGCACCUUGAGAGGAAACGCCAUUUCCCUCUUGCAUUGGUGGGGUGUUGUGGUCCCUCGGCCCCCUAUAACUCCAUGGUCUGCACCGCUGGUAGAAGACGGCGGUCCCCUUUAUGACCUCGCUGGGUGCGGACGACAACCUCUGACUGGGAUCAUGCUGCGGAUGAAUGUUUUAGGCCCCAGUCUGUCAUUUGGACUAGCAAGCACAGCCUUGGCUUCUGAAUGAAGGUCCAGCCAAUAUAAGAAACCAAUGUGUGAGGCUAGAGGCAGAAGUUGACUUGAAGUCAAGUCACAUUUGGUCUGAAACCAGUUUUCAUUCUACGGAUGUGCUUACACAGUAUGCCACUCCGACACAUUUACUAAUAAAUUGUUAUAGAGUCUCUGAAGAUAUGCGCUUGAUAAUGGCUUUACCUACAUCUCUAUGCAGGAGCACGUUCUUUGCUAAAAUCACUAUCGUUUGGUUCUUCAAAGAUUGCUGAAGAAUGUUUCUACAGACAGACCCUUAACCAUAGACCUACAAAGAUGGGAAAAUGGCAGAAGCCAAAGAGUUAACAGGAAGACUGUCUUUCUCCAGUACCAGUAUUUUGUACUGUGAUGGCAUGCAACGAGACUCCUACAGAUGUUUUUGCUGGCCUGAAUGCAAGCACCCCAUUUGUAGGCUCCCAUUUCACAACCUUGACUCUCCCACUCAGGAUACUCUUGGCCACAAUAAUGCUAUUCAUGAUUGCCAUUGGAUUCUUAGGCAAUGCCAUCGUCUGCCUCAUUGUCUACCAAAAACCAGCCAUGCGUUCAGCUAUCAACUUGCUUUUGGCUACUUUGGCUUUCUCCGACAUCAUGCUGUCUUUGUUCUGCAUGCCUUUUACUGCCAUUACGAUCCUUACAGUGAACUGGAACUUUGGUGCUCACUUCUGCCGGAUAUCAGCUAUGCUCUACUGGUUCUUCGUCUUGGAAGGAGUGUCUAUACUCUUGAUAAUAAGUGUGGACCGUUUCUUAAUCAUUGUCCAGAGACAUGACAAACUGAACCCACACCGUGCAAAAGUCAUUAUUGCCAUUUCGUGGGCCUUCUCUUUCUGUAUAUCUUUCCCCUCAAUGGUUGGAUGGACGUUUGUAGAAGUCCCAAGUCGGGCUCCCCAAUGUGUCCUAGGAUACACAGAGUUUCCUGCUGACAGAGCUUAUGCUGUGAUGUUAGUUGUGGCUGUUUUCUUCAUCCCUUUCAGCAUCAUGUUGUACUCGUACCUUUGUAUUCUGAAUACUGUGCGUCGGAACACCAUCAGGAUCCACAACCACACCGAGAGCGUGUGCUUGAGUCAGGUGAGCAAACUGGGCCUCAUGGGUCUGCAGAAGCCCCCUCAGAUGAAUGUUGACAUGAGUUUCAAGACCAGGGCCUUCACUACCAUUCUCAUUCUGUUUGUUGGCUUCUCUCUCUGCUGGCUUCCACACACAGUAUUUAGCCUGAUGUCUGUGUUCAGCAGACAAUUCUACUAUAGCCCCUCUUUCUACAUCACCAGCACCUGUGUGUUGUGGAUGAGUUACCUCAAGUCAGUGUUCAAUCCCAUCAUCUACUGUUGGAGAAUCAAGAAAUUCCGAGAGGCGUGUCUGGAGUUCAUGCCCAAAACAUUUAAGAUCUUUCCUAAAGUGCCUGGACGGACAAAAAGAAGAAUAAGGCCAAGUGCCAUAUAUGUCUGCAAUGAACACCAGUCUGCAGUUUAGAAGGAAACCAUAAGCAUUAUUAGAAAGAAGAAACAGGAUAUUUUAAUUUAGCAGCAAUGUGUUUCUCCAAUCACUACUCAUGACACCAUCCUGCAAGUUUUAUGUAUUAACUGUACAGCAAAAUUGAAUGUUUGAGUGUGUGCAUUACCAAUUCAGUUAUAGCACUUACUAUACUGCCAAUAAACAAAAGCCUGUAUCA